AGAGAAACAUUGAAACACAAAAAACGCUGUAACUAAAACACAAACAAUCAAAAUAUCGCAAAACCCUCACUUCUGUUCCUCCUCCUCCUUCUUCUGUACCAGAUGAAGCCGUCUUUAUCGGAACGAGCUUCAUCUUCAUCCACCUCCUUGUCUUCAUCUUCCUCCUCAUCAUUUUCAUUUCCAAAUCCUCCACAACAACAACAACAACAAUCUCAAGCUUCAUCGACGGCUGAGAAAUCAUCUCAAUCACAAUCCGGUCCAUCACCAUCACCGUCGUCAUCAGCGGCAGCAACAGCGACGAUGUCCUGUGUAAUAGAAGAACCAUCAUUAGGGUUAACAUCAUUAUCGUCGUCGUCAUCAAGGGGAGAAGGAGGAGGAGAAUCAAUGUUAUCAAUAGAGAGAAGGAAUGAUCAUUCAGCAAUCUGUAAAUGGACGGUUCAUAAUUUCCCUAAAGUGAAAGCUAGGGCACUAUGGAGUCGAUAUUUUGAAGUAGGUGGUUACGAUUGCCGUUUACUUAUCUAUCCAAAAGGUGAUUCACAGGCAUUACCAGGUUAUUUCUCAAUCUAUUUACAAAUCAUGGAUCCUCGUGGUUCUUCAACUUCUUCUUCUUCUUCUUCUUCAUCCAAAUGGGAUUGUUUUGCUAGUUAUCGUCUUUCUAUUGUUAAUCAAACCGAUAUGCAUAAAUCUAUACAGAGAGAUUCUUGGCAUAGAUUCUCAAGUAAAAAGAAAUCUCAUGGUUGGUGUGAUUUUACUCCUUCAUCAACAAUUCUCGAUCCUAAAUCAGGGUUUUUGUUUAAUGCUAAUAAUAUUGAUUCGCUUCUUAUUACUGCUGAUAUUCUUGUUUUGAAUGAAUCAGUUUCGUUUACUAGAGAUAAUAGUAAUAAUAACAAUGUUAAUAAUAAUAAUAGUAAUGAGUUACAACAACAGCAACAACAAUCGACACCUACAUUGCCGUCUUCAUUGUCUUCUUCUUCGUCGCCGUCUGUUGCUGUGGUUGGUCCAUCAGCUAGAGCUGAUGUUCUUAGUGGAAAGUUUACUUGGAAGGUUAAUAACUUUAGUUUGUUUAAGGAAAUGAUUAAAACACAGAAGAUAAUGAGUCCUGUGUUUCCAGCGGGUGAAUGCAAUCUUAGGAUAAGUGUUUAUCAGAGUUCUGUGAAUGGGAUAGAGUAUUUAUCAAUGUGUUUGGAGAGUAAGGAUACGGAUAAAGCGCUGCUUUCUGAUCGGAGCUGCUGGUGUUUGUUUAGAAUGUCAGUGCUAAAUCAGAAAGCUGGGUUUAAUCAUAUGCAUCGAGAUUCAUAUGGAAGGUUUGCCGGCGAUAAUAGAUUCGGUGAUAAUACUAGUCUUGGGUGGAAUGAUUAUAUGAAAAUGUCAGACUUUAUUGGUCCUGAUAAUGGGUUUCUGGUUGAUGAUACUGCGGUUUUCAGUACUUCAUUUCAUGUCAUUAAGGAAUCAAGCAACUUCACAAAGAACGGGGGAUUGCUUGGAGUAAGGAAUGGAAGUGGCAGCCGCAAGUCUGAUGGGCACCUUGGGAAAUUUACGUGGAGGAUUGAGAAUUUCACCAAGUUGAAGGAUCUUUUAAAAAAGAGAAAGAUUACCGGUCUAUGUGUAAAGAGCAGGAGGUUCCAGAUUGGGAAUCGGGAUUGCCGCCUCAUUGUGUAUCCUAGAGGGCAGUCCCAACCUCCAUGCCACCUUUCAGUGUUUCUUGAAGUCACUGAUUCACGAAACACAUCCAGUGAUUGGAGUUGCUUUGUAAGUCAUCGGUUGUCCGUCGUAAACCAGAGAAUGGAAGACAAGUCUGUAAUGAAAGAGUCACAGAACCGUUACUCCAAAGCUGCAAAAGAUUGGGGCUGGCGUGAGUUUGUGACACUCACAAGCCUCUUUGAUCAAGACGCUGGAUUUCUUGUUCAGGAUACUGUCAUCUUUUCUGCGGAGGUACUUAUCUUGAAGGAGACAUCUGUGAUGCAGGAAUUCACUGAUCAGGAUGCGGAGGUCAACAGCGACGGAGUUGUGAAAAAAGGAUCAUUUACAUGGAAGGUUGAGAACUUCUUAUCCUUCAAGGAUAUCAUGGAGACCCGUAAGAUUUUUAGCAAGUUCUUUCAAGCUGGUGGAUGUGAGCUCCGACUUGGUGUGUAUGAAUCUUUUGACACCAUUUGCAUCUACCUGGAGAGUGAUCAAUCAUCUGGAACUGAUCCGGAUAGGAACUUUUGGGUCAGAUAUAGGAUGGGUGUGGUGAACCAAAAGAACAGUGCCAAAACUGUGUGGAAAGAGUCUUCUAUCUGCACAAAGACGUGGAAUAAUUCUGUUCUUCAAUUCAUGAAGGUUUCUGAUAUGUUGGAAGCUGAUGCUGGAUUUCUUGUGCGUGACACAGUUGUGUUUGUUUGUGAAAUCAUCGAUUCCUGCCCUUGGUUUGAGUUUUCAGAUCUGGAGGUUUUGGCUUCUGAGGAUGAGAGGGAUGCUUUGUCAAGUGAUCCCGACGAGCUUGUUGACUCCGAAGACAGUGAAGCAAUAAGCGGAGAUGAAGAAGAUAUAUUUAGAGAUCUCCUUUCCAGGGCAGGCUUUCAUCUUACGUACGGAGAUAAUCCUUCUCAGCCUCAGGUCACUUUGAGGGAAAAACUUCUUAUGGAUGCAGGUGCUAUAGCUGGUUUUUUGACAGGACUUCGUGUUUAUCUUGAUCACCCUGCCAAAGUAAAGCGCUUGCUUCUUCCUACAAAGCUCACGAGUAGCACCGAUGGGAAGAAAGAGGGCACAAGGAAUUGUGAAUCUUCUCCAAGCCUGAUGCAUAUGCUGAUGGGAGUUAAAGUCUUGCAGCAGGCAAUUGUUGAGUUACUUCUGGAUAUAAUGGUUGAAUGCUGCCAACCUUCAGAAGGAAGAAGUGGUGAUGAAUUUUCUGAUACAAGCUCUAAACCUUCUCCAGAUAGCAAUGGAGCAGUUAGUCCAUCAGAAUCUGGUAGUGAUACUGGAGGAACAGAACAUGCACAACCUCCUUAUGAAAGACUUGAUUCUGGUGCAAAUGAAAAUAUUAAUGGAUUUGCGGUACAGAGCUCAGACAUGAAUGAAAUCAGCAUAUCUGAAAAUGCUGUUCCUGGGCAGCCUAUUUCUCCUCCGGAAUCAUCUGGUGAUAGUCUUUGCGUGGAUAAUAAUUUUAGUCAAUCUCCUAAGACCAAGUGGCCAGAGCAGUCAGAGGAGCUCCUAGGCCUAAUUGUUAAUUCACUGAGAGCCUUAGAUGGUGCAGCUCCUCAAGGUUGCCCAGAGCCAAGACGAAAGCCUCAUUCUGCGAGAAAGAUCGCCCUCGUACUAGAUAAAGCUCCAAAACAUCUGCAACCAGAUUUAGUGGGGCUGGUUCCUAAAUUGGUUGACCAUUCAGAGCAUGCAAUUGCUGCUCGUUCACUCAUAGAUCGUCUUCUUGCGGCACCCUCUCUCCGAAUACCGGUUUUGAGUGCUAUUAGUCAACUGAAAUUGAGCAGUGCAGUGUGGGAGAGCGUUUUAGCGAAGUCCUUACAACUGUUGGGGGAUUUAAAUCAUGAAGUACUUGGAGCAGCAAUCAGUUUUAUAUUUGAAGCCGCAUCAAAGUGUCAGCAUCUUCCAGAAGCAGUGAGGGCUGUUCGCGCUAAGCUGAGAAGUUUGGGUCCUGAGGUUUCACCUUGUGUCCUUGAUGUUCUAAGUCAAACUGUUAAUACUCGUGCGGAUGUUGCUGAAGCUGUAUUAAGGGAUAUUCAUUCUAACUGUGAACUAGAUGAAGUUUCCUCUCCAUCAGCUUGUGGUCACUUCUCAUUUGGCGAAACUGGAUUUAACGAAAGGUUUAAUGGGGAAGAGCAGGUUUUUGUUGCACUUCGUCAUUUUUCUGACGUUUACAUGCUGAUUGAUAUGUUACUUUUACCCGGCCUUGCUGUUGAAGCUUCGCAAGCUUUUGGAAAAGCAGUUGCUCAAGGAGCCAUUUUGGAUCACACAGUAGCCAUGGUCUUGGAAAGACGUCAUUCUCUUAGAUUAUUCAGUAGUAAUUCCCGGUCACCGGCCGACAAUUCUCAGCAACUAGCGGAGGAGCAAUCUAGUGAGUCCUUUUCUGUCCCCGAUGGUGAUUUUACUGCAGUUCUUGGCCUUGCCGAGACAUUAUCUCUCUCAAGAGACCCAAGAGUACAGAUCUUCGUUAGGACGUUCUAUGCUAUAUUAUUCAGAAUGUAUGCAGAUGAUAGUUACCGAGGGAGGAUGUUGAAGGGGCUUGUUGACCGUGCUACCAGUACAACAGAUAAUUGUCGUGAUAUAGAUAUGGAUUUGGAUAUUUUGGUAUUUCUGGUUCAUGAGGAAGAAGAAAUUUCUAGGCCAGUUCUAAGCAUGAUGAGAGAGGCUGCUGAACUUGCAAAUGUUGAUCGUGCAGCUCUUUGGCAUCAGUUAUGUGCUAGUGAAGAUGAAAACAUUCGCGAACGUGAAGAAAGGCAAGCAGAAGUUUCAAAUAUAACGAAAGAAAAAGAGAUUCUGUCACAAAGGCUGAGUGAAUCCGAAGCAACUAACAGCCGACUUAAGUCUGAGAUGAAGACUGAAAUUGAUCGCCACUCUCGGGAGAAGAAAGAGCUUUGUGAACAGAUACAAGAAGUUGAGAGUCAGCUUGAAUGGGUCCGCUCUGAACGUGAUGAUGAAGUUGCAAAACUCAUCUCUGAGAAGAAAGUACUCCAUGAUCGGCUGCACGAUGCGGAGACACAAAUUCAACAGUUGAAGUCCAGGAAACGUGAAGAAUUAAAGAGAGUGGUGAAAGAGAAAAAUGUUCUUGCCGAAAGGUUAAAGGGUGCAGAAGCUGCUCGAAAAAGGUUUGACGAGGAGUUAAAGCGCUAUGCCACUGAGACUAUGACUCGUGAAGAAGUUCGGCAGUCACUGGAGGAUGAAGUUCGACGUUUGACGAAGACAGUUGGACAAACUGAAGGAGAAAAGCGAGAGAAGGAAGAGCAGGUUGCUCGUUGUGAAGUGUACAUUGAUGGGAUGGAGGCAAAACUGAAUACUUGCCAGCAAUAUAUCCAUACUCUAGAAGCUUCACUCCAGGAAGAGAUGUCGCGACAUGCUCCUCUCUAUGGUGCUGGUUUGGAAUCUCUCUCUAUGAAGGAGCUAGAGACGAUAUCCCGUAUACAUGAGGAUGGUCUCAGACAGAUCCGCGCACUCCAACAACGGAAAGGAAAUGCUGGUGGAAAUCCUCUUGUGUGUCAUCAUAAUCUUCCCCAUUCUCAUGGGCUGUACCAGUCAGGGCAUGAUCCGAUGCCCAUAGGUUUACCAUCUUCUCUAAUCCCCAAUGCUGUUGGAUCUCACGGCAAUGUGCAAAAUAACGGUGCAGUUGGGCCAUGGUUCAACAAUUCGUCCUAAUAAGCUUGUCCUGUAAUUCCGAUCAAUAGAAGUUCACUUUUGCUCCGGAGUAAUUGUCUGCCCGUUUACAUCUCAUUAUAUAUAAAAGAAAAUGAAAAAGAAAAAGUUGGUCCCUCUUCAUA